UUUUCCAAACGGGCUUCAGCAAGAUGGCUGCAGUUGUUCAAGCAAAUCAGGAGUGCGGGUUACUAGCCAGCGGUCCACAUCACUAGAGACAGCCAGCGCUUGUUCCUGACCGCCCGUCCGAGUGUUUGAGUGUGUGUGUGUGUGUGUGUGUGUGUGUGUAUGUGAGAGAGCCGCAGCCAGUGGACCGAGCGAGUCACUUCUGACAAAUGAGAUGGUAAGAGGGAGGAAGGAGUGAGGCCAUGGGCUGCACCUCAGCUAAGCAGGUGUCGGCUGUGCCCACUGACGAAGAGGGCCGGGGCAAAGCCUACAGCAAUGGAGACCUCUUCACUGAUGAAUAUAAGAUGAAGGGAGUGGAGGAGGUGAAGUACAUGCGUGGAGAAGAGGACAGGGUGAAUGCACGCAACCAGGAGAACCUGGAGAAAAGCUCAACACAGUACAGGACCAAACAGCACAAAGAGGUGCCUGGGCCCAGCGCCAACAAGACGAACAUACAUACGUCAGAGAGUCAGCAGGAGUUCUUCAGAAUGCUGGAUGAAAAGAUUGAGAAGGGGCGGGACUACUCCUCGGAUGAAGAGGAUGAUGUGACAUAGCAAAGAGGUCUCGAUUAAUGACAAAGAUGGAAAGAGAGAGAGAGUGGACUCAAAUCAGUGUUUUCUAUGUCUGUAACACUCUAUCAGUUGAGAGACAGAGUAUGUGUGUGAGAGUGUGUAUGAGUGUGUGUUUGUGAGAGUGAAGGCAAGCAGGACUAUUUCACAUCAGCUGUUGCACCCUUGACACCUCUCCUCUCUUGGGGUUGCCCUGCUUGGAGAUCUAGAUGGUUGGGUGAAGAAGUAAAAAUUUGAUUGACAUUUUAUCGACACAGACUCACUCUGACAUGAUAUUGGGACCUCGUCCUCUCCUGUCAUCUCCUUCUCUGAUCCUACAGCCAGCUUUGAGCCCCUUCCUCCUCAGCUGUGACAGAGGGCCUCAACUAGCCAUCUGAGAGAAAGAGAGAGAGAGAGAGAGAGAGAGAGAGAUUAUGCCGAGGAGAGCAAGAUGAAAGGAUAUGGAGAGAAGAAUGAUGCCAUGCCCCUCCCAGGCCUUGUUUAAGUGGCAGACCAGUGAAACACUGACAUAUGGAGGAAAGUGAGGAGAGCUUACCAACACAUCCUCUGUGGAUGAAUGCAAAAGAGUGUUGUGAAUGUUCUUGUUGGAAGGGAGAAAUGAAAAAGAGCUAUUUUAUUAAAAGCGAUUAUAUGAACGAAUUUUGAUAUUUUGAUAAGAGCAACAUGUGGCCCAUUUUUUUUUUUUUGCAAAACUGAUAUGGACUCCUGCCUUUUGAAGGACACCCCCCACCCCCUUUUAAAAAUUUUUAAUUUUUAUUUUUUUGGCUUAUUGAAUAGAUCAGUGCCCUCAAACUAGUGCUGUAAAGGUCAGGGCUGUGCGGUGACCCCAUAACACUCUUGUACAAACACACACACAAAGACUUCAAGCUAAAAUAUAUUACCACACCUUCUUUCCACACACACAUUCUCACUUUCUAUUUGUAUACACUGCUAAUAUGUUUCAAGUUCUCAUAAAUGGGCGGAAAUAAGGGCAGUCUACACACACACACAAAUAUAUCCCUUACAGCCAGUCACAUGGGCAGCAUUUAACUCACAUAUCCAUAUUGACUUUUUAUGCUGCUCUGUUAAUACAGGUAAUGGGACUGUGAUGAGUGUAGCAGAGAGCUGGGACUGUCUAACUGUUGUUUGUGUGUAAACCAGGUCUGUGUUGGCUAAUCUGUGUCAGAGUCAGGUCUGACUGUGUUAAUCUUUGUUGACGGGAUGUCUGGUUCUGAGAAGGGUUUGCUAAUUGUUAGCCUAAAGGUGUUCGUCGUAGCCCUGUUUGUGUUUAGCUGCAGUUGUCACCUCGGUUUUUAUUUUAUUUUUAUUUUUUUUUAUUUUUUUUUUUUUGCCAUAAUUCCUUCUCUGUUCCUCACUCUUCCUAUUUCACUCAGUAGUAUUUAAGCGUUCAGGCUAAACUGCGAUGCCUCUUACUGGAGACCAUCGGGCCAGUAUGAGAUGGGGUGGAGUCACUCCGGCGACAGCGCUGGCAAGGCAUCAGUCAUCAUGAUGGUUACUGGAUUGAAUCCUUUUUAAAUUUUUAUUUUCAAGAUGUUUUCUUUUUCUAUUAAAAAAACAAAACAAAAAUAAGACACAUGAGCUAUUGGUUUCUGUUUCUGAGUGCUUUCUCAAUGAUUAAUUGUUUGGCGUGUGUGUGCGUGCGUGUUGCUGACAUCAUUAAUGCGUUCCAGCGUCAUGUUUACUGUUGGUGAUCUGACUCAUAACGUUAAAAAUACUUUAAUGGUUUCUGAGGUCGAAUUUCAAAUGCAGAGAUGUGAUUACAUUUCCACGAUGGGUUAAAAUAUUAAACCCUACAAAUAUAUAACUAUAUUGUAGAAAAAGCUGUCCAACAUAUCACGUCUUUGCUAAGAUUCUAGAUAGAAGAGGCAUUUAGAACUGCCAUCAAUCCAGCAACAAGAGGUGAAAGCGCCUGUAUCUUAAUUGAGCACACUUGUUGACGUUUGUCUCCAUCUGCUGGUUGAAGAACGAAACUACACCAGAUAUUUCAACAAGCUGGUAACGCCUCAGAGCAAUGUACUAAAUCCAGGGACUAAAAACGGUUCAAGGAACGAAAACAGAAAACAAACGAUUUUUUUCUUUCUCUUUUUUGUUUUUGUUGCGGAACGUAAAUGAAAAUAGGAGCAAAGUCCCUUUCAAUUGUUCCAGAGUGAAAACGUUAUUUUUAAAUGCUUAUAACCAGUCAUUUGUUUUCAUGUAACCAAAAAGGGUUUAUCACAGUACAUUUUUGGAAUUACACCACUCUCUGUUGCUCAAAAAAUGGGGCUUCACUCUUUUUAGUAGAACAUGAUAAGCAUGUGCUUUGAUACUGAAGGAAACAGCUGAAUCACACAUUUCUUUGCCUAUUUGCACAUUGUGGAUGUAGCCUUCCGUGACCUGCCGACGACCUUUUUGGCAACUAUGUAUAAUUACAUAUACUACAUAUACAUGCAUGAUUAAUUCAGAUACAAGGGAAAAUAUAGAGGUAACAAGUAAAUUUCUUAGUUGUUUCCAAGUCUUCACUGAAUUGCUGUUAGGUACAAAUACAGAUUUGAUGCCGUGGUUUUGACUGAGAAGCAAAUCUGUAAUUAAAACAAAUAAUUAAAAAAAGAUAAUUCAACAAUUAUUAAAUAAAAUAAUUAGCAUAAGAUGACUUUUAGUCCAAUCAUGCCCACGCAGUUAUGAAGGAGAGAGAGAUUUAGUCUAUUAAUUAAUUUUAGAUGCAUAUAUAUAUAUAAAAUAUAUUUUGGGGAUAUAUUUAAUAUAAAGAAUACAUUUAUUGAAAAGAUGUUAUUUUAUACAGGAUACUGUAUACUACGCCUGUUAUGAUUUCUAUACUCAUAAUUCCCCCAGAUGGCAGUAAAAAAUAAAAAUAAUUGCCUAUAUUUUUGCUUAUUUUAGGUGAGGCAAGUCCCUUAUUCUGAGCAUGUUUUUCCAGAUCAUGUCACUUGUUUGUCUUGUGAGAUCUGGCAACACUGCAACUGGUAUAUCACCCACCCUUAGCACAGAGUACUGUCAUUUUAAAAAGAACGUUAUUAACCAUUGUUUUAUUUCGUUCUAACCGGUUACCAAUUGGAAAGGAGGCUAUGGAACACCGGAACCGGAACGAAAUAAUGUUUCUGCUCAGAACGAACCAACAUUAAAAACAUUUAUUUUUUAGUCCCUGACUUAAUCCAUUAGCAUCCAAACAUGGGAAAUGCCUUUGUCACAUUAUUUAAUUAUGUAAAUAAAAAUUUAAAUAGUUACAUUUGAGUCAUUUCAGAUAUGGAACAUACAGGGUCCAAAAGUCUGAAACCACAUACUUCUAUUUUGCAUUUUCCUAAAAUAAUACAGGUGGUUUUGAUAAAAACUAAAUUAUCACCAUAACAAUUUGAGUGAAAUUUUUUUUAUUGGAAAAAUUUAAUUUCCUCUUUUACUUUUAUGUCAUCAUGUCUCAUUUUCUUUACAAAUGAAAAGGCAGAUAUGAAGAACUCAUCCAUGUCGUAUCAGAAAUAUAUUUUAAUUUUCACCAUUCGCCACAUUAUUAGCAUAGAUUAUGCAUAAACUGUGGUUAUUUUUUUCCAAAGGAGGAAGAGAUUUCUUGGCCUUCUUGUCCGGCUCUAACAGUACCUGGAGAAAGGUGCAGAAGAGUACAGACAGGAAUACUGGUAAAGUCAAUGUUCUUUCCACUCUGAGGUAAAACCCAAUAAAUUCCUUCUCAUGUGAAAGCUGCCUUAUUAGAGAACAAAAUGUUCUGGAGGUUUGGCUAUGUUCUUCUCUCUCACAUGGUGUGCUGGUGUGACACUUGCAAACACACAUAAACAUGGUCGAGUGAGUUUUACCAGACUAAGAUAGUGCUGGAUUUGUAGUGGUUAUGCUCUCUGGAGGACUGCGUUGGGGGUUGCAGAGCUAAGUAGGCUUCAUGACGGUUGAUGUGAGUUGAAGUGGAUGUGAACAAUUUAAAUGGGAUAAAUUAGGAAGGUUUUGAGUGUUUGUGUGUGUGAGUGAGAGAGAGAGAGAGGGAGAGAGUUGGGUUCAGCCCUUGUGAGAGCGCUGGCUUGCUUGUCACUCUGCAUUGCCAACAUGAGCUCACAGCUAUUACACCUAACUCAAUCCAGCAGCCCUCUCAUGCCCUCCCUCUCUUUCUUUCUCUCUCUCUUUCUGUCCUCAGUCAUCUGCACAUAUAUCUCUAGCCUCUCUUCCCAUCUCUCUCUCCUCCAUCAAUCAUCCACGUCCUACUUGCCUGACACUUCCUUUAUUUCAACUAAACAGCCCCAAACCACUGAGUCCAUCUCUUGUAUAAACAGACAUUGUGGUUCUCUAAUUAUAGCCUGUUAAACACUCACUCAUCUUUUUAUUUUAUUUUACAUUCCCAGAACUUCAACUAGCUGCUUGUAACACUCUCGUUCAUCACUGCAUUCAAUUGACUAAACUGUCAACAUAUCCCGCAGACAGAAACAGGACCACCUUCCCUGCAUUAUGCAUCAACAUUACUCUGGUGUAUGCAUUGUUUUGGAAAUAAACACUAGUAACAGAA